ACAACGAAUUGACUCAAAUACCCUUCCGAAAACGCGCUACCCUUUCCAAUAAACCGUUCUUUUCUGUGACCACCCACCGCAACCUCUGUGUCCUUUCUCGUCAUUUCCUCUUUCUCCAUUUUCCCUCCCACUCUCACCUAUUUAACACUACUAUUUCAUAUUCUCUCUCUUCGUUGUUGCAUUGCAACAGCUUCUCUCGUUCGUUCGCUUGCGUUCAUGGCGGAAGAAGAAUCGAAUCCUGGAUCCCCUCACUCUCUGAAGAACAGGCUCAGAUUCUCUCUCUGCUUCUCGUGUUGCUUCCCUCAUCACCAGCGCGUGAGGCCGAGAAUCGUUCGAAGCGCGUCGCUCCACAACAAGCCACGCUCCACCGAUUUCCCCUUCCCGCAACUCAAGGAAAAGUGCUGCAACUUCAUCAACCGCAUAGGCGGCCGCCACCGCCGCCGCCACUCCGCCGACUUCCACUACGACGCACUCAGCUACGCGCUCAACUUCGAAGACUACGCCACCGCCGAUGAGAGGCACGUGGACGAACUCAAGAGUUUCUCCGCCAGAUUGCCGGCGUCUCCGCCGCCGAAAGUUUCGCCAACUUCCGCCGCAAUCGCAAUCGCCUCCGCGUGAAUCGGUAGAUCUAAAAAUAUGGCGAAACGGCGUCGUUGGGAAGUAGUUUUUUUUUUGUUUAAUUCGGUUUUGUUUGUAGAUAACCUGAUAACGUCAUUGUGAGAUCCACCAAUGCAAAUGCAAACAAGAGGAAUAUGAAAAGGCAAAAAAAGGUUAAAAGUGAGAAUGUGAUUAUGCGUGUUUGUUAGUUGGAUAUUUUGCGUAGUGUAGCAUUGAUAUUUGAGGGGAAAAAAUAGUGUGAAGCAGAGGUAGUGGAGUGGAGUCGUGCUGCGGUGGAAUCGUAACUGAAUGACGACGCUAUUAUAUUUUGUCGUCUUCUUGUUUGCAAACGGUUUUGGAGAGACUGCUAGACAGGGAUUUACGAUAUUUCUUUUUCUUUUUUUCGGUACACUAUCGGUAUUCAGUAUGGAAGAAAAAAAGAAAGCAACAACCUAGAUAAUAUAUAUGUACUAAGAAGAUAUUAACUCUUUUUUACAAAUAAAUAUUAAUUAUUAAUAA